AAUCUCAGCCAGCCUCCAGCGGGUGUCCCCGGGCCAGUCCACCGGGGCCUCGCCCAUGAUGACAGGGCCAUCCCUCAGCCGCACUCAUCUGCUCACCAUUUCAGGACUGCUCUGUUACUCAGCUUGCUGCUUGGCCCUUCCCGGCCUGGAUCAGAAGAAGCGUGGCGGCCACAGAGCAUGCUGCCUGCUGACUCCCCCGCCACCCCCUCUGUUUCCACCACCGUUCUUCAGAGGAGGCCGAAGUCCGCUUCUCUCCCCAGACAUGAAGAAUCUCGUCCUGGAACUGGAGACCACACGGCCCCCAUGCGUGCAAGGGUCGCUCAGCUCCCCCGGGCCUCCGGGGCCCCAGGGCCCUCCUGGGCUUCCCGGCAAGACAGGACCAAAGGGAGAAAAGGGGGAGCUUGGCCGACCGGGAAGGAAGUCAGGGGCUGCAGCCUGCUACUGGUGGCAUUCGGACUUCUGCCAGAGGCUGCCAAGCCUGGCCAGAUUUUCCCCAGCCUCACACCACCUCAUCCUGCCAUCCAUCAGAGAAACCCUCCAAGGCCUCAGCCAGCGGCACCAAAUGACUCUCACUGUCAAUUUGAUUAAAGUGGAAUAAAGUGUCAGACAGAAACAAAUGGCUUUGCUUUAAGGCCCAGCUGAAAUAAAUGGGAGUUACUUCAGGUCACAGGGACUCAGUAAACCAAACACAUGUUAUUAAGGUUCUCAUUAGUGUCAGGAAGGAGUAAACCCCCUGCCGCUUGCUGUAGUCAAUGGAUGCUGGCACUGAAAUUGUAGGUCUUGGUGAUAUAGAAGAAGGUUCAAAACUUUGGCCAAAAAAGAUGCCUCUGGUUCUAAAUAUAAAUUACUAUUUUCCCAGUUAAAGGUUUUAUUCAAAUACUUUCAUUAUCAAUAAGAGCCACCAACAGACCUUUGUAAGGCAAAGUUCCAACCGUUUAAGGCACAGCUGACCACUCCAUUCAAGGCCCAGUGGUCAACUGAAGUGCUGGGCUGGGAGGAUUCUGCCAUCAUCUCCAUGCUCUGGACUAACAAGGGCCGUGAUUGAUUAGUUAUGUCUGCCGUGGAUGAGGAAGGCGGGAGUAGGAACUAGUACACAUGCCAGCACCUGUGAUGUCUGGGUAGGAGCUGAGCCUUCCACAUCUCCAGCUUGGCUAACUGAAAUUAGCCAGUGGGUGCAGAGGUCCACACAGACCCCAAGUCACUGCUCCCAUGCUCUCUUGCAGGGCUUACUCUUCCAUAGCUCCUUGGCUUAUGUUGGGUUCCCUAGACACAGAGAGAGAGAUGGUCCAUGCCAUGUGCAAGUGAAUUAAUGAUUAAGGGAGCUCUCUCCAGAGGAGGCUGAGGGGAGGGGAGACCCAGAUGGGGCAGAGAAAGAAACCCAGCGUGGGGUGGUAUCAGAUGACAUCCAACUUCAGUCUGAUCCCUAAGGGAGCUCUGGAGUGUGAACGGCACCAGAGAAUUUGUCCUGCCUUACCUUGAUGUAAGGGGGCUGGGCUGUUGGCUGCAGGAAGGGGAGGUACAUCAAUUGCUGGGUAGCUCCAAUUGCCCCCAGCAAACCCACACUUGCAGGUUGUAAGAAGGAAUGUGUUGGUACAGCAAGGAAGGUAGCGCCUGGGAAAUGGGCAUGCUGAGCAGGGGGGAAAGACCUUGAGGGAGUACCCCCAGCAUCUGCUGCUGCUCUCCAAACAGAAUCCUCUCCUCUCCUACAUUGCCUCCUUGGGGAGAACCUAUGGGACUGCAGGGGACAUUUGGGUGGAUGGGUGGAGAUGAUAACGAUCGAAGAACCAAGAAGUUUAGAAUCCCUUCCCUACCACCUUCCAUUUCUUGAACAGCACAAUCUUGUGUGUCAACAUAAUGUGACACCAAGGGCUUUAACUCAUACCCGAGUGGCCCAACUUUCUAGGCCAUCAGUCUUUGGAGGGUGGGGAUGAGGGUCCUGGGGCCAUGCUUGGAGUUCCCGUACUCCCCUCUAGGCCACAGAGACAAAUCUGUGUUUUUAGAGGGAGGGAAACAAACCCAGUUGUCCUGACUUUUGUUCUCUGUCUUUGAAGGGCAGACCCGGCCCCCCAGGUGUUCCUGGCAUGCCUGGGCCUGUUGGCUGGCCCGGCCCUGAAGGCCCCAGG